UCCCAGACCAAGAUGCCCUCAUCGCAGGGAGAAAUCAGAGCAGGAAAUUCCUUGUGUUGUUACUUCUAAGUAUCAGAGACCACCUAACAGGUCUGCACCCCCAUUCCUUUGUCACAUUCCUAAAGAAUCCUUAAAAGGGGGAACCCCCAACCUUUCGGGCGCUCCUCUCUGUGAAGUCGCCCGCACUUUCUAAGUGCGUAACCUUUUAACCUUAAACUUUCUCUUCCCACCCUUUCAGGGCGCCUCUCCUUGCUGAGGCUGCUGCUUGCACUUCUCUAAGUAAAUAAAACUUUCACUCUGCUUCACCACUGUGUCUCUGCCCUUCAAUUCUUUGUCGCCGCAGGGACAAUGACCUAGGAAAACACACAACACUCCACCAACAAUUUGCCCAUUUACAAUUGGGUUAUUUGUCUUUUCAUUAAGUUGUGAAAGUUUCUAUGUAAUUUAGAUAAAAGGUCCUCAAGAGGUAAAUGAUUUAUAACUACUUGUGUUUGACGAUGGUAUUCGGCGGGCGCGCCUCCGCCCAGCGAACCUCGGAGCGUCUCCGCGGCAGACGCGCGCCAGACGACGCCCACGGAGGGCCGGUGACGCCCGCGAGCAAUGCGGGGCGACCCUUCCAGCCGCCGCCGCCGCCGCCGCGCGCGUUCCUGCCCGCGUCACGCCAGAGCUGGCGGGGGGCGGGACCCCGGGCGGGACUCCCGGAGCCGCCCCUCAGAGCCGGCCGGCCGCCUCGGCCCAGCGCAGCCAAGGAAGCCGCACUGGAUGGGCCGCGGCCGGAGCCAGCUGCACACGCAGGGCAGACACCGGAGAGCGCGGGCGGCGGGGGCGGCGCAGGCUGGGGGGUUCCCCGUCGCCCCCGGCGCGGCGAGGAGCCGUUUGUCGUCCCCGCGCUGCGACAGCUAUGGGGGGGCGCGGCGGGAGGUGGAGGCGCUGCGACUCCGCGCUGGGGCGGGGAGGGUGCGCUCGGCGGCGGCGCGGCUGCUCCGGCGGCGGCGCGGGAGAGCGGGCUGCCCGCACUUCGCGCCGCAGGCUCCGGACCCCAGCGGGGGGCGCGCGGCGGCAGUGUCUCCGACCCCCGACCUGACUGCGGCCCGACGCCGCGGCGCGAGUGCUUCCCACGGGCCGUUUCCAUUCCUGGCAGGGAGGGAGUGGGUGCGGCACGCCGGCCCCUCGCCGCUCGCUUUGGGCGGGGGAGGGCAGCGGGGGCUUGGGGCUACCCCGAAACCAGCCCUUGCCGGCCGUGCGGCGCGGGGGCGGGGGAAGCGGGAGGAGAGUUUUCCUCGCGCUCUGCCUGCCUGCGCGAUGACCGCCCCUCCGCCGCCAGCGCCGCGCGGUUUUCUCCAACCCCCUGCCUCGCUUGUGAUGUGGGCUAAAAGAAUAUUUUACUGUUCUUUAGGCACCGUCUCAGCCUGCUCAACCCUUAAAAUGUACAACUUCCGAGUCCUGUGAUCGGAUUAAGGAAGAGUUUCAGUUUUCACAGGCUCAAUACCACAGGUAGCGAUGUUGAUUUUAGCUGAUCGUCCUAUUGCUUAGCUCUUAUCGUACCCCACAGACACAUACAAACACCUCCCUCUUUUGGCCACCACAAAGGGAUUGUCGCUUUUCCUCGUGGGCUGAAAGGGCAAGUCAAGGCCUUUUUUCCUUAGGUGCAAAGAAAUCAAGCAUUCCUCUCUUCUCCCUUAAAUAAGAGAAAAAAAAGAGGGCACAACAAUUGCAACUGGGGAGACUUGGAAAACGCUGAGGCCAAACUUUCUAUCAUCGAUUUACUGGGGCCAGGAGGAUGGAAGGCUGGGAAGGGUCUGGGGCCUUUUGACCUCCUUGGUUCUCUAAUACUGCGGUCUUGAUUCCUUCUCACAUCUUCCUGCCGUUCACUGAAAACACCAAGAACUGAGCGAGGGCCCUGGAAAGUCGCAAGCAAGCAUUUUCAUUACUUCUGUUACGGAAAAAUGUUUUCGUGUUAGAGACGCCCAUUGGAGUCCCUUUGAAAUAUUUUUCUUUUGCUGGCUUUUUUACAACGUGUAAUUCUUUCAGAAAUGCAAGGACCAAAACAAAACACUGAAACUGAUCCACACUGUGCCCCUGGGUGCUGGUGUUCAACUUGUGUCUGUGUUGUGGAGGGAAAAAAAUAAGACCCUGAAGCUGGAAUGAGAGAAAUUUGCCAGUGAGAAAGAAGACAAAAGAUGCAGUGGCAUUAUAUCAAGAUUGGAAAAAGAAAAAACUUCACCGGCAGGGUCUUGGCAUACGAGGUGGUGAGAGUCAACCUGGUCAGGGAGCCUGUGCAGGUGGCUGAGGAAGACAGGAGGCAUGAGCUACAGCCAGGAGCAGCCAGUGCCAGGAGGGCCAAGUGUGCCAGGCAGGGCCCUGUGGGGAUACCUGCUGCCUUGUCCUGAGGACAAAUCCUGGUUUCUACACAUAUCAACUAAGGAACGUCCGAAACCUCUCCAAGCUUCAGUUUAUUUAUCUGGAAGAUGGGGAUACUUGUUAUAAGCAGAUGGAAGGCUGUGAUGCAAGCAGAGUUUUGAGUGGGCAACACAUUCCAGAUUUUCUGCUUGCUCCAAGAGGCCACAAGGAGGCAAGGCACACACACCAAGUAAAGGCCAUGUGAGGACACAACAAGAGGGUGGCACCUGUAAAACAGGAAGAGAGCUCUCACCAGGAACCUAAUCAAUAAGCACCUUGUUCUUGGACUUCCCAGGCUCUAGAACUGUAAGAAAUGAAUUUCUGCCACCCAGUCUAUGGUAUUUUAUUAUGGGCAGUGAAGCAGACAAAGACAGAUUGAGAUAGACUAAGGAGGACUAAGACAGGGCUGCCCCACCCCCUCUUUGCUUCUAUGCCUAUAACUAGACUCAAACCCAGCAGCUCCUACUGGGAGAUAUGCAGGGUAAUUCAUGAGGAGGUGCAUGCACUCCAAAAGAAUGACCUGAGUUUUCUAACUGAUACAGAAACAUGUGUUGGGCUGGAUACUAAGGGUGAGAGAUAAUGGUGAGAAGAACACAAAGUUGAAUCAGAAUGAAAGUAUUGUUGUGGCCUCACAAAAAGAGACUCCACCUUUCAUGUUGCUGCUCAGGAAGGUAGAAAGGGCUCUAAAAGCCAGGAUCCGUUAAUGACUGAAAAAUGUAACACAGGUGGCCCAGAUGAGUGAGAUGGAAAUGCCAUACCUGCCUUGGUUUUAUGUAGAUGAAGGGAUUCAAGACCCAGGGAUACUGGAAGGUUGAAGUGGACUUGUCGUGUAAGACCUAUUCAUCCAGUCUUGGAGAGUUCAAAAGACAGAGCUCUCACCGUGUGUGAGAGAUACAUUGUGAGGGGAGCCCUGGUGUCCUGGAAGAGCUCUGUGAUCUCUCUUUCCUGUAGGGCAGACCUCACAGUAAGAAUUAGGGCCAUUGACUGGAAACAUAAAUGCAAUGGGAGUAACUGGAUCCUGGGGGCAGUGGCUAAGUGAGGGCUGUCGGCACCCAAGGAAAACCAUAAUGGACAGCAGAGUGAAAGCAGCAAUCAAAAUAGUCUGAGCCGUGUAACUUAUGGUGUUGGCCGGUUGAUGAUGGCAUUGCUAGGAGUGAAAUAGACAAGAAGCCCACUCAAUUUCAACCCUCCAGUCCUAUGUCCUAACUUAGUUUGCAGGCAUCUUGAUCACCUUCCCCUCCCACAGGGUAUCACAGUGGUCCAUUUCAAUGUUGACAUAUGCCUGUAAGACCUAGUGAACAAAGAGUAGUAAUCUCUCUAGACUUACUGGUAAGGCAUUUAUGUGUUAGAGAAUGGGAAAUGACUUAUACAAAAAUUUAAGGACUUUCUACUUCAGUGAAAUUUCCAUGGGCAGAGAUGUGGGGCAGGUUGAGAUAACCCUUCUAAGGACAAAUACAUGUUCUUGGAUCUGGUCCCUCCUACAAUCAAAGAGAGGCACUACAAUUCCUGGGCAUCUUUGCAUUUUGGGAGCAACAUAUCCCAUGUUUGGACAUGUUACUCCAGCCUAUUGAGUGACAAGAAACCCUGCUAGUUUGAGUGAGGCCAGAGGAGGCGGCUGUGCAGCAGGCCCAGGCUGCUGUGUGGCUGCUCUGCCACAUGGGGCAUAAUCGGUGGUGCUUGAAGUGGCCGUGGCAGACAGGGAGGCUGCUCAGAGCCUGUGGCAGGAACCCACAGGUGAAGCACAGGCCCUUAGGAUUUCGGAGCAAGGCUCUUUUCUCAUUUUGAGAAACCAUACUGUUCUGCUUUUGGCUCUUAGUAGCUUAACCACUGCUCAUGAAGUUAUCUUGCACCUUGAGCUGCCAUAAUGAACUGGGUGCUAUCUAACUCAGCAAGCUACAAACCUCAGCAUACACAGAAACCCUCCAUCAUCAAAUGGAAGUGGAAUGUGCAUGGUGAGACUCAACCAUGCCCUGAUAGCACAAAUAAGUUACCUUAGGAAGGGAUCCAUAUGCUAUGGUCUCUGCUCCUGCUUUCUGUCUCCCAGCCUGCACCCCUGGCCUCACCGGAAGUUCUCCAGAAUACGUUGAAAGAAAAAGAGAAGACUUGGGCCCAGUUUAUAUCUGCUGCAGCAUGAUAUACAGGCACCAGCUGAAGGCAGACAGCUGUGGCAUGAAGCCUCUUUCUGGAACACCCUCAGGACUGUGGUGAAGGGAAAUCCUGCCAGUGGGCAAAACGUCAGCAGUGCCCCUGGUUGUUUACCUUGCCUGGAAGGAGAAAUGGCCAGACUUGCGAUUAUAUCCUGAUUCAUGAGCUGUGGCCAAUAUUUUGGCGGGAUGGUCCAGGCCUUGGAAUGACCUCAGUAGAAAACUGGUGACAAGGAAAUCUGUGGAGGUGUGUGGAUAAUGGGAGUGGCACCGCACACUAUUUCCCUCAUGACCCACCAGCAUUUUUUUUUUCUUCUUAUUCCAAAACUUUAUGCUGUGCCUGCCUGGAGGUCUUAGUUGCUCAGGGAGGAUGCUUCCACCAGGAGACAUAACAAUGAUUUCAUUUAUGUGGAAGGUGAGACAACCAUUCACCACUUUGGGCUCCUCAUGCCUCUGACCCAGAAGGGAGGGAGUUACGGUGCUGGUGGGGCAGGUGGAUCCUCAAUGCCAGGGGGAGUUGGGCUGCUACUCCACGAGCAAGGUGAGGAAGAGGAGGUCUGCAAUACAGGAGAUCCCUAGGGUGUCUUGUGAUGAAGGUCAGUGGUAGAAUUACGAUGACCCAGUCUGGGCAGGGCUGGUAUUGGUCUAGCUCUUGAGGAGCAAACCUGCAGACACAACCCCAGGGAAAGACAACCAGAAGCUGACUCUUUAGGGCAUAGGUAGCCUUGGUCAGAAAGUCUUUUAUUUAGUGUCAUUUAGGACUUCUCUUUUUCUUGAUGAAAUCUGAAGAAGGGGGACUGCUGUACUUUCUGAGACUCCCUCUAUCAUGGGGUGGAUGGCUACAUAGAAACCUCACCACCUGGAAUCCACAGUAUGAGAAGCUGCCAAGAUUGUUAGGGCAGUGCAGAAGGAAGGAAGCACAAGUUUACAUAUUACCCGCAUGGAUUCAUGCUCCAGUGGAUGUCAGCUCCCCCUCUCAGGGGACGGACCAGUAUUUUGUGCAUCACCAAUUCGUAAGCACAGGGCCUGAUAUGAAAGAGAUUCAAUAAUCUACAGAUACCUUGGGAGGAACAGAGAGGAGAUCAUCUACAAAGGGAGAACUGAAACCACCCUCCCCGCACUCCUGCAGAUUGGGCCAUGAGCUGAGAGUAAGGACAAGGACAGCCACUCACAUCACACUGAGCAUGGGCCUGGCAUCCAGGGCAGGGUCAUGAGAACGAGGCCUAAACUCUUCAAGGCCCUCGUCUCACACCUAUCAUGUUUCCCCAGAUGGAAUCAGAGGCAUAUUCAAUGAUGCUAAUACCCCUCUCAGAGGAUUUCAAAUCUACGCAUGGUUCCAACUGAAUCCCUGGUGGCAGGAGCUUCCUAGGACAAUGAGGUGAAAAAUGGGAGCAAUCUGGCAGAAGACCAUGCUGAGUGGGAGAGAUGCAUGUUUCCAUGGUUUUAUAGUGAUUGGAAGCUAUUUCCUUGAAUUAAUUCACAAACUUUCCUAAUGCCUCACAAUAGAUCCUAGAUGAAUGGUAAGAGUAAUCAUCAAGAUCUACAGACAGUAUCUCAAUGGCAGCAGCAGUCAUUACCUUGUUAGCUCACAUUUGGAUGGAAUGCCAUUGCUCAGGGGAAUGGCCAUGUGUGAGGGAGAAAUCCUGGAGAUGUCUGCUUCUCUCACAACUGGUUUUGACUCACUUAAUUUGUAACACAGCCUUAUGAAGUCAUUGAAAUUAUCUGCAUUUCUAGUGAGUGAAGCCAAUUGUUGGAGGGGGUAAGAUAAUUGCUCGAAGUUAAUGUUCACCAAAGGAUGACAUUGGAGGGUCUACAUGUCCAAGCCAGUGCAGUUUGGUAGUCAAAUGAUGAAGUCAACAGGUAAGAAAAUUAUUGUUUUUCUUGAUUUGUCAUUUUUCCACUGAGCACUUUAAUGCAGACAUGGCAGUACAAUAGAAAGUCUUUACUACAAAAACUUUGAGAUAUUCUAUAAUUCUGGUUAUCAAAAUUUAGUAUUCCUAUAAAACAUGGUUAUUUCAAUAGCUUUCUUUCCUCUCAAUCAAAAUGAUAAAGAGAAAGAAGAGAAAGGAUAAAUGAUUUUCAUGCAUCUCCAAUCCAAUAGGAAAACCAGGAGGAUAAAACAGAAAGAAAGUCCAGACAAGACCCAGUUUCCUCCCCUUUCAUCAACUGGGAAAAAGGAUGAAACAAUCCAUUCUGAGGGGGCAACUCCAGGAAAGUUUGUGGCCUGUCGGGUGCAAUGUCUGGAUCUUCAGAUUGCUCAACAGGGUUAAAUGCAGCAGUAUUAUGCCAACCGAUUUUUUUUUGCUGCUACCCUUGUCAUAAAUGUAAAAUACCCAAAAUAUAUUAAAGAACUCUUACAACUGAACACUAAGAGGACAAUGAAAAUGGGCAAAUGAUUUGAGUAGGCAUUUCUCCAAAGAAUAUAUAUACACAUAGCUGAGAAGCACAUCAAAAUAUAUUCAACAUCACCAUUCCUUAGGGACAUUGAAAUCAAAACCAUAGUGAGAUGUCACCUCUGCCUAUUGGCAUGUACAGAACUUUAAGUGAUCAAUAAAUGUAUUAGUGAGGAUGUAGAGAAAUCUGAACCUUCAUAUGUUGCUGGUGGGAAGGUCAAAUGGUAGUAGUCACUGGAAAAGUCUGGUAUUUCCUCAAACAUGUAUGAAUACCAAUUUCUACCCAAGAGAAAUGAAAACAUACAUUCCUGCAAAAAACUUGUGCAAAAAUGUUCAUACCAGCAUUAUUCAUAAUAGCCAACAGAGUGAAAGCAAGAAACAUCUUUCAAUUGAUGAAUGAAUUUAGAAAAGGGUAUAUUAUUGUUGAAAUAGUGCUCAGCUAUAAAGAGGAAUGAAUUUCUGGUACAGGCUGUAAUAUGAGUCAACCCUGAAGACAUCACACUGAGUGAGAGAAGCCAGGUGCAUAAGGUCACAUAUUUUAUGAUUCCAUUUAUAUGACAUGUCCAGAAUAGACAAAUCCAUAAAGACAGAAACUAGAUUAUGGGAAUAAUGGGUAAUGAGUAAGAAAUAAUUAUGAUUAACUGGGAACUAAUAAGCAUAAGGUUUCUUUUUGGUGUUCUGGAAUUAGACAGUGGUAAUGCUUUCAGAACAUAGUGACUAUGGUAAAUACUCAUAAAUGAUAAAGUAUAUUUCAAUAAAAAUAACACUAUCUAUAAAAAAAUAAAUGGGGCAUAAGGGAAAAUAAGCCCCUGUAUCAUGCUCAAGACAUUUGGCUUGCAUAUAUGUCCCUAGGGGUUUUUUCCAAGGAAACACAUCUCCAUUGGUGAGUACCUGGCAUUCCUGGAAAUAUAAGAAUUAUUAGAAAGUGUUCUUGCAGUAAUGAUGAUGGCGAUACUAACAGCUAAAUAACAUGUCAGUGCCAGGUGCUUCCCAGAGUAUGCCACACCUGCUCCUUCACUCACUCUCCACAACACCCCUAUGACCGUGGUUCUCACACUUGCAUUAGAAUAACCUGCAGGGCUUGUGAAGAAACUGUUGACCUCCAUCUCCCAAGUUUAUGAUUCUGAGUCUGGGAUGGGGUUCAGGAACUUGUUUUUUCUAACAAGUUCUCAAGCAUUGUUGAUGCUCCUGGUCAGGGUACCCACUUUGAGAGCCACUGCCCUAGAUCAUGGGUGUUGCGGUAUGUCCCAUUUUACAGGUAUGCCAUACCCCAUGGCAGUGGGUAUACAAGAUCAAGGGUGGUGCCAGGUUCCUCUCUAAAGUGAAGACAUGACAUAAAUGUGGGUCAGGCCAGCAGGACUUAGAAAAGGAAGCUGAUCUCUGGGGACUCUGCCCUCGUCCCUCCCCAGCCACUUUCACUUACUUGGCUAACUGAACUCUGGCUGCCAGAGGGACCAGGAGAAGUGAAAUGUGGACCCUGAGGCCACUGUGAGAUAAAGAAGAGACUCUCCCCGGGGCCAGGCUCUCCACUUCAAUGUCUGCUCACCUGAUGUCUUGUUCAAUGAAGAUAUGUGAGUUACAGGGAAGGUAAAAUAUGCUGCCUGCACUGGGUGGUCCUCCACACCUUCCUGCCCCAGGAGGGUGUUUUCCCCAUGCCCCUGGGUCUUUCCCUGCUUGAUAAUUUCUCAGAAACAAAAACUCUGCUCCUUUCCCUGUGAUCAUUAAAAGUAAGAUUGUAAACCUAGCUCUAAUGACAAUGUGUAAAUGCUAACUUCAGAUAGUAACAACGAGGUUCGUUUAUUCACCAGUUCUAAAGACACACAUAAAUUCUUUAAAAUUUUUGAGAACACAAAAAAGAAAGAGAACUGUAUAAUCAAGCAUCCUAGAUUCCCCAUUAAAAAAAAAUAAAAAGAACAAAUCAAGGAAAACUUCUCCACAUACAGUUUGGAAAUUUUACUGAGUUAGUAACUCCACUCCAGUGAUUUAUGUUUGCUAUGUCCCAUGACCUGUGUCUUCUCCCUUCUCACCCUCUGAAUAAGGAAUCUAGUCUUUCUCUGGGAUCACUGCUGUUGAACAGAGCCAGAUCAAGUGGUAUGUAAGAAGGAGUUCAGUAGACAACACAUUCUGACCAAAGGAAGCAAGUAAAACAACCAUGUCUUUUAAAUGCAUUUUUCUAUGAGCAGCAUCCAGUGUCCUGAUGUGUCCUCCUACAUAGGCAGAGAAGUGAGGCUGAUAGCUAAAUGCGCAGGUCAGAUUUGCAGAGGAGAUGCUCUGGUCUCCAAAGAGAGGUUAUGGAUUAUAGACUCAGGGAUGGGAAGGAGGAAGGUGGGGAGAAGGCCACAAGGGCCUCUCCCUGUACCUACUGCUGCAGGAUGCUUGCCAUAACUUAUUGACUUUUAUCAGUGAGCUUCAGGGCCCAUUUUCUGUAAAAUCAGGAUGACUGCAGUCAUCUUGUUCCUGGGCAGUGGACUGUGGAAUCCUUCCUUUCUUGUCUCCAAUGGAAAAAUUCAGUGGAGAGACAAGAUGGAGAAUUAAAGCCGCAGGGGAGUUUUAUUUAGCCAAAGCAAAAGGAAAGUAAGCUCCAGAGACAGAGAAGCGGGCUUACCCGAGGGUGGAUAGCCACUCCCUGGGUUUUACACUGUUUUUUAUGGGAGGUUAUUUGGAUUCCUCCCUCCCAUUUUGUCAUUCUCAUACUAUCUUUCAGAUUGUCUCAUUCCUCCCCUUCAGCCUCUAUGCAAGUUUGGUUUCCGCAUUCUCCUGAUUGUCCUAGAGAAACCCAUGGUGGGGCCAGAACCAUGAUGUACAUGAUGUAAUAGUGACAUCAUGAUGGCCUAAUGCCAUUAAUGACUAGGCCAUCCUUAAGUGCAUGGGCUGUAAAAUCAGGAAGAUCCCUGUAACUCUUUUCUCUUGCUUAUCAGUUUGUGCUGAACUGCAAAAGCGGUCUGUCUAAGCGAGACAGGGCGGUCACAGUAGGGAAUGCAGUUGGAGGCUGCCUGCAGUCCUCUUCUCCCCUCCUGCCCAUGUCUAUCUAACCACCUACUCUAACAAUCUUAGACUUUAAAAUAGUUCCCUCACCUGAGAAAACUGUUGGGAAAG